CGUACCUGCCGGCGGUAGGGGCGGUGACACCUGACUCCUCAGGUUCCUGUUUAGCCCCGCCCCCCAGUGCCAGCCUAGUUGACCCACCUGCACGCGGGGCAGCAGAGCGAGACGGACCUGUAAUCCAGAGACGGUAUCUGACACGUGAAAUGAGGACAACGACGAAGCCCUGACGUCUUUCUGCCCGGUCGACCAUGGCCGAGGGGUUUUUAAAGUCGUCGCUGCCCUCGCAGGGCCCCGGGGUGCCCGGCGACACCAGCCUGGCUCUGGAGCAGACCGCGGAGUGCGGGGCGGGAGCGGAGGCCGGCCACCGGAGCCUCCGCGUUCAGCGUCAAGUUCAGCUCACGCUGUCACGGAAGUCCCAGAAGGCUCCCUCGAAUGGUGGAGUCCAUUUAAAACCAGAAAAGAGCUUGGAUGAUAGCUUCUUAUCAAACACAAAGCUCAAUGGAUCGGAUUUCUCCAGCCGCUCCCUCACUGGCCAUGUUCCGAGACUGUCAAGGAGGUUCCAAGUGUCCACCCCACAAAACUCAGUGUUCUCUCGCAGUCAUUUGGAUCAGAGUGUGUAUCUCAGUGGGACGCACACCCACCCACAACGUGGCCAUUUGCACACAGCAGGAACUCUGCAAGACCACUCGCGUCUAGCGGUUUCAUUUAGGACCCCCACCAUCAGAGUGGUUCCUUCUGAAAGGCGGAAGCAGGCGUCCCGCUCUGCAGAUGCAACCUUCAGGCGCAGUCAGUCGCUCAGAGCGAUGCAGCCCGCGUCAGCGGCAGCAGCCUUUCCCCAAAAUGGCCCCACUUCGCGCAACCAGCAAACUGUUUUAGACCCGAAUAAACGCUUUGUGCGGAGACGCAAUAACAAGGUGUUUGAAUACACCCAAACUUGUUCAGCUCCCUCCUGGCCGGCUCUGGUCAACAGGGAAGCGCAGAAGUCUCUGACCCUGAAAUCAUACCCAGCCUCUAGUAGCAGUGCGGAGGUGAAGAUCAGGAGCCAGGUGAAGGCAGAACUCCCCGUUGGGCAGGCACAGAAUGUCGCAGUACUUCCACAGAUGACCAUGGAGGAGGCGGUGGACCUUCUGAAGCAGGAUAAUGAAGAAACCCUGAUCCUUGCGCUCAAUUACAUACAAAGACAGUGUUUCCAGAGUUAUGAGGCCAGAGAGAAGGUGUUUUCUCUUCAUGCAAUUGAAAUACUCCUUUAUGUCCUUAACAAUGAGAGUGAGGAUGUGCAGCGAAUGGCUGCCGGGGCCCUGCGCAACGUCGUUUACCAGAACCACGAUAAUAAGAUGGAGGUGGAAAGCAAAGACGGUCUUUCCAUUAUAUCAACUGCACUGGUAAAAAGUUACGACAAGGACACAGGACGCCAGCUUACAGGUCUAUUGUGGAACCUCUCCGCCAAUGACAUUUUGAAGGAGCGCUUCAAACCAGACGUCAUAGAUGCGCUCACCAAGUCGGUGCUGGUGCCCACCUCCGGCAUGUCAGAGGGCGAAAACCCAAAGGACAAGCUCCGCGCUGAUGAUGAUGCCUUCUAUCACGCUACAGGCUGCCUGCGAAAUUUGAGCUCUGCUGGUCCCAACAUCAGGCAAAUGAUCAGGAACUGUGAGAAUCUCAUUGACUCCCUGGUUUACUACGUUCAGGGAACUGUUGCCAGCUCAAAGGCAGACGACAGGUCCACAGAGAACUGUGUCUGCAUUCUGCACAACAUGACUUUUCAGGUUGAGGAAGACUAUCUACGUCAAUACAUCCAACAGCACACAGUCUCUAACCAAAACCUGGCUUCCGAAUCAACGUCUGUCGGCUGUUUUCCUUAUCGCAGUGCCAAGAUCUCAAAGGAUCUGAAGCAUGAGCACCACCAGCUGGAGAAUAAGUCCUCCCCUAAAGGCGUGGAGUGGCUGUGGAGCCCCAUCAGCGUCAGGAUGUUUCUGUCUGUGAUGGCCUGCAGCAAGAUCCUGGACACGAGGCUGGCCGCCAUCGGGGCGCUGCAGAACAUCACAGCCGGACAGCAGGCGAUGAGCAAAGCCAUGGCCAUGGCCAUUGUCAAGCAGGAAAAGGGACUCGAGCUUGUUAAGGAAAUUUUGAUGGGGGGGGUGGACCAAGAGGUGGCAACAACCAUACGUCUAAUAAGGAACCUAUCUAACCACCAAGAAACAUACCAUGCCAUCGGGGAUAUUUUGUUGCCAAAAGUGGUGGAAAUGCUGCCCAUUGACAAUGAGAAUACACUGUUCAGUGAGGCGACAUCUUUCUUUUACAUCCUGCUCAACCUGAUCCAGAGGGACAAACAGUACAUCAAACCCCUCAUCAGCAACAAUAGUCUGACAGAAAUCAUCCGAUUUGCUAAUCUAUACGAAGGUUGUGGGAGAAUCAAUGCGGGUCAGGUAGCCUGUGUUCUGCUGCACAAAAUGUGGGAUUACACUGAUUUCCAUGAAACCUUCAGGACGAAAAACACCAAAAAAUCUGAUUUUAUCAAUCCAACGACAGCAAAGGCAGUAAAAGAGUUCUACGAUAAAAAUAGACGCUACAAAAAACAUUAAAAAAAAGAAAUGGAAGCAGUCUGUUUCAGACACAUUGUCAUGCAAAGCUUGUUGUAUAUUGGGGCUUGAUCAAGAGCGCAUAGAGUCUUGAAGUCUUGAUUUUUAUUCACUUAACUGUACAACUUCCAACACAUUAAUGGCUUAUCCUUAAAUUCAGAGAUGAUGCAGUCAGUCAGAAGCUUAAACACACACUGUCAUGGAAGGCUUUGUCAGCAUUUUCUACAUCCAGCAGCUUAUAUGUUGCCAGUUUGGUAAACUUUGAACAUUAAAAACGGACUUGUUGAAGGACCCCCUCUGUGGAGUCCUGACGUGCCAAUGAAUUAGUCUUCCUGCUCUGGAUAAACAAUAAUGUAUUGACAGUUUUUUUUCCUUCUCUUUUAUAAUAUCAACCACAAAACAUUGAGAAUUACACUUUUAUUCUUCUUCUUCAAUCAGCGCUUUUGUCUCUGCUUAAUGACACAAGACCCAUUCAGAUUACCUUACCUGAGUGGAAGGAGUAAUGAAAACAGAGAUAUUUCAUGUGGCCUUUACAGUACUUUUGUUAUUGUUUCUGAAGUCAAAUACAUCUGUCCACUGUCAUAUGGUCUCAUGGUCCAAGAAACUGACAGUUGAACAUAGAAAUUCUGAAAAGCUUGAAGUCACUGUAGCAAUGAUAACAUAUUCAGUUUGAAGUGAUUCCGAUUUGCGUUGUACUUUUCACACAGUCUGGUGGCAGCUCCACAGCUGAUGACCUUCCAGAGUAAAGACACUGGAGCAAGUUCGAGAAGUAUUUAUUAUUUGAGGUACCAAAUAAGGUGGCAGAUAAACGUAUGUGAUAAAGCAUUUUAAGCAAGCAUUUUGAUCUUUAUUUAUUUCAGGAUGUCAGCAGCUAAGUUGCAAGUUGGUACAUCUGUUUCUGUGAAUUCAUUUUAACCUAAGAAAAACUUGGCUUUGUUAUCAAACUCGUGAUUAAAGUUUACAGUAAUGGAUUCAUCGACAACUAUGUUUAAACUUUGAAAAGAUCCUUCUUUAAUAGUCUAUACUUGCAGUGUGUAAAUUCAGAUUAAGAUGACACUGAUAGUCAUCCCCAUCAUUUGUAAAUAAAGUGGUAAUAAAAUCAAAUGGUCCCA